ACCGCGCCUCCCAUCUCUGUUUAGGGUUCGUAGCAUCAAUGGCUGAUAUUGCCUCAAGCUCUUCUGUUCUGCCCAAGGACGACAAGCCGGUGAUUGUUAGGGUUAAACGCAAAGCUUCCCAUUCGCCCCUCGAAGCUUUAUGGCUUGAAAUCAACGAGAGACCAUUGAAGCGGCCAUUGCUUGACUUUGAGAAGCUUUCAAUCUCUGAUUCUUCUGGAAAAGUAGAGGCAUUGAAACCCAAAAAGGUUUUUGUGCAACAUGUAGAGACAUUAAGCAGCUCUGAGGAUACCAUCAAUUUUAAUUUUUUGAAGUUAUUUGAGCCUAAAUCUGUGGAUGGAAAUGAAAGUAAGGCAAAAAACAAGGAACUAAGACGUACUUUUAAGACAGAGAAUAAACAAGAUCAGUUGCUGGUUAAAGCCAAACAAAAGCACGAGGUUUUGUCAAACAAUGCGCGUUUUGAACAAAUAUGGAGGACGAGAAAGGGGGAAAAAGAUGCAAUGCGUGAUGAUGGUGCACUGCAUGAAAUGUGUGUUGUUUACGAUGUUGUUCGUGUUGAUGUUGUGGACACAACCAUUGAAGCGAAUGAGCAGGAAGAUACGGAUUUUGAGGAUCAUAGGAUUAUGUCUAGUUAUCUGCCUCUGUUACGAGAGUUCAUCCCAAGUGCUGCUGCGGAAAUUGAGUCUGAUAUUCAUGAUUAUGUGUCCAAACAAGCAUCCAAGGAUGACUAUGUGUAUGAUUUGUAUACUGUAACGGAUGACGUCAACACAAGUGAGGAAGAUGCUUCAAACCCAUUUCCUUUGGUACAGGUUGAUGACGACGAUGAAUUCUAUGAUGGCCCAAUUACAUCUGAUAAUGAAAGUGAUGAUUCUAAUGCUGAAGAUAAUCCUCUGAAUGAUUAUCCGGACAAGGAGACAUCUGAAGAUGAUGAUGAGCAUGGUGGGAGCAGAACCUCCAAAUCCAAUGAUGAAUCAGAAGAACUUGAUAGUGCAAGUGCCAGUUCUAAAUCUGAAAAUUUAGAACACCAAAACUGGUCAGAAGAUGCAGAUCCCUUCUACGAAGGUUACAUUUGCGGGCAUGAUGGUGGUGAUGGUGAUUAUUAUGAUGAUGAUGGUGGCGGUGACAAUGAUGAGUGGAAAUGGUCCUAUCGUUAGCUCUUGCUUUACUGGAUUGUGAUUGUCAUCUCCUAGAGACUUUGUUGUCACCUUCACCUAUGUAAAAAUUGUUCUGGAACUUGUUUGUUGCUAGGUUUUCAAAUUGUUUUUUUUUUUUUGAACUGUUGCUAGGUUUUCAUUGAACAGCUUCUUGUGAAUAUGAAUACUUCUUGUACAUGUUACAAGGCAAUAUGUGAAGAUGAAUUUCCUACUGUUUCUGCUA